UAUUGCGUCCGUUUGUUUAUAUUUUAUGCACCUGCUUAAAGCUAUUAUUUGAAAGAAAGAGAGAGGUAUGACGAUUAAUGAAAGAAGAAAAGAGAACAAUGUUUUGUAGAGCAGGUGUUCUACAUAUUAAUUAAACAAAUCUGUUUUCUUCUAUGUUAAAAAAUAUUUUUCUUAUGUCAAUAAUGUGAACUGAAUGUAAAUAAGUUUAUAAUAGUAGACAUAAAAGGCGUAUAUAUUGAAUUAGAUUUUUAUUUAUUGACAUUUACAAAAAACUUCCUAUAAACAUGCAGAAUGCCUUUUAAACUAAAACUAAAGAAGUCCCGACAUUAUAGUGUAGUUUCAAAGUCACUAUUUGUUAUAUCUGUUGAAAUACUUGAUGGAACUACUGUGGAAUGUACUCUGUCUUCAGAAAGUACUGGACAAGAUUGCUUGGAUGUAGUAUGCCAAAAGCUAAGUUUAAAUCAACCAAAAUUCUUUGGACUUCAAUAUAUUAGCAGAAACAGUGACAGUAACUUAUGCUGGUUAGAAUUAGAUAGACCAUUAAAAAGGCAAUUGGAUAAGUACGCUAAGGGCUUAUGUGUUUGUUUACGAGUGAUGUAUUAUGUUAUAUCUGGUGUGAGAUUAUUUAAUGAUGAAGUCACAAGAUAUCACUAUUUCCUUCAAUUGAAACAGGAUGUAAUUGAGGGGAGAAUAUCAUGCAAUCCUCAACAAGCUGUUGAAUUAGCUAGUUAUUCCAUGCAAGCUGAAUUUGGUAAUUUUGAUGCUGAACGACAUACUGCACACUACUUAAAGGAUUUUCAACUGUUUCCAAAGACUUUUACAGAUUCUUCCCUCCUGGAAACCCUUACAGAGGCAGCCAGUAGACAACAUGCUGCACUACAUAAUUUACCUCAAGGAACUGCUGAAGAGUAUUAUAUUUGUGCCUGUCAACGUUUAGAAGGUUACGGACAAGAAAUUUAUGCUGUUAAAGAUCAAGAAGGAAAUGAUAUUUUGAUAGGAAUUUGUUUAACUGGUGUCUAUGCUGGAUAUCCUGGAAAGGAAGGACGACAUUUCAGUUGGUCAGACAUAAGUAAUGUUAUUAAUCAUAAACGAGAUUUCACAAUCGAAUCUGUUGGUGGUACUGAAAAAGUUGAAUUUCAAUUCAGUGAUGUGGAAAGCGCCAAAAACGCUUGGCGUUUCUGUGUUCUCCAGCAUAUAUUCUUCAGACAGUAUGAAAACAAUGUAGAUAAUGAGAAAGCACUACCUAAACCACCCGUUUUUCAACAAAAUGAAGAUAAGUUGAGACAAAAAGAUAGCUAUGAGGAUGUAACAAAUACUUCUUUACAAUGGGACAGACCUGUCUCAUCUUUGCAAAAUUUAACGCAUCGUGCACAAUCUACAUCUUGUUUAGAUCUCAAUAAACAGACUGACGUUGAUACACUCAGGAGUUUUCUUCCUUCAUAUCGUCCUGCUCCUGAUUAUGAAACUGCCAUACAACAGAAGUACAGAAAUUCAUCAGGUGCCAUAACUUCUCGGGGACCAUUACGGAACACACAUCCAAUUUUAUACAGUUCUCAACCAGAAAUACAUCAAAGUGAUACAUAUCCUACACAUCUCCACUAUCCAGAUGUGACACACAAUAAUAUUGAACAGAAAAAUUUGUUAUGUAAUAAUGCAUUUGGACAGUCACAGAUUGUAGAUAACAUGGGUAUGCUGCAUGUAUACAAAUCUCCACCACCAUACCCAACUAAUAAGAUAAGUUCCAAUUCUACACCAGAUUUGGCCGGAAUGUCUCAACAGAUCAAACCUCAUACAGGAUUUGUCAGUAAUAUUGUUAGUGGAUCAAGUCCUGACUUAGUUUCAGGAGGGAAUUUAUAUUUAAGACAGCUUUAUCCUGGUCACUCCGCUCAUCCCGUCCAUAGAUCACAUAGUUAUUUGCCACCCCAACACGGUACAUAUGAAAAUUUAGCUUCCAUAUUUAACAAUAAUAUGUUGGGUAGGCCCCAAGCAGUGAUUGUAGAAAAUCCGAAUAUUACGAAGCACAUCAAAAAGGUCUACGAUGAACAUGGAAAUAUCAUUUACUGUAUGCCAGCUAAUAUGAAGCAGAUAUUACAAGAAAACCAACUACCAAGUACCGGUUUCGUUGUUACUAGAAAUCAGAAUGCAAUGGUAGCUCAUGAUCAUCAUAAUUCAACAGAACCCAUUUACGAAAAUAUUCCUCUACCGUGGCAAAACGAUGGUGAAAUGAGAGCUAGAACACAAAGUAUCCAUUCUGCGCCCGAAAUAAGUCAAGUUGUGAAUCAUUCUGUAGUCAAUGCAGUGCAGUCUCAAUUACAGAAGCUGAAUAUAAACAAUCAACGAGGUAGCAGAGAAAAUCUUUACGUAAAUAUCGACGGUCUUAAGUCUUCCUCAAAAACUGAUCUAAAUACUCACAAUUCUAGUACUCAUAAUCUUAACGAGAGUGGUAGAUCUGGUCAAUUAUUCGACAACAGUCAAAUGUCAAAUAUUCAAAAUGUGAGCGAUUCUUCCAAAGUCAUCGAUACAUCGUACGUUAAACCUUCCUCGAGUUUAAACACAACGAGAACAUCUUUUGAAACGAAUAAUAGUUUAGGAAAUGAUAAUUUCAACGAUAGUACGUCCACGUCUAAUACCAGUUCGACUAAAACAAAAAAGAAGAGAUGGGGUAUCUUGAUGGGAAGGAGUAAAUCGGGAGAGAAAAUUAAGAGUGCCACUCUGGGUAGAGAGAAGAAGAAAAAAGACGAAGAUCAAAAUCAGGGUAACAAUAAACAUAGGUGGUCUACCGGAUUACCCAGAUUUAAUCCAUUACCGCCGUCUAUAAGUAAGGAAACUAUGUGCCAACUUUUGGAAAAUAAAUUAGCAGAUAGCCAAUUAUUUUUCGAAUUUGAUAAAAUUCCGAAGAAAAAACAAAACGCCGAGUUUAAAACUGCUUUACUGUCUGAAAAUGCAGCUUUCAACAGAUUUAAGGAUGUGCUUCCUUAUGAAGAUAAUCGGUUAAGGCUCAUACCUACGAAAAAUAAUAAAUAUGGUUACAUUAAUGCUUCUCAUAUCACAGCAAGUGUAGGCAGCAAACAGAGAUUCUAUAUAGCAGCUCAAGGCCCUACAAGACAGACCUUACCUCAUUUUUGGCAAUGUAUUUGGGAAGCUGAAGUAUAUUUGAUAGUACAGUUAACUGAUCCUACUGAGGACUUGUCAUAUUUACCCGAUGCUGGAGAGCGAUGUAUAGAUGUUGAUCAAGAUUACCAGAUUUGGUGGGAGUUUUCACAGAAAACUGGACACUGUGUUACCAGUAAAGUACGAUUAUGUCAUGUAGCUUCAAGGAGGUACCGUACCAUAUGGCAUCUACAUUAUACCGAUUGGGGUGAUCAAGGCUGUCCUAAUUCGGUAGCUCAUUUUUUGGGAUUUCUAGAAGAAAUGCAAUCUGUUCACCAACACUCUAUAGGAGAAAUUCCACCAGGCCACAAUAAGAAUCCGCCUAUUUUGGUACAUUGUACGGCCGGUGUAGGAAGAACUGGCCUCACCAUUUUAUGUGAUUUAUUAUUAUAUACUGUGGACCAUAAUCAAGAGGUGUGUAUACCGAGGGUUGUAGGUCUGUUACGCCAACAACGUGCCUAUAUGAUACAAACGAUAGCUCAGUAUAGAUUUGUUUAUUCGUUAUUAAUACAUUAUCUCAAACAGACUAGGUUAAUAUAAUUUUGUACUUUUUUUUUGUGCAAUUUUAUGAUAUUUGUCGUGUGAGACAGGAUGAUCUUUUAGAUGUAGGAAUGAAUUUUCGAAAUGUGAUACAAUUACCUUGACAUUAUCAAAGAUAAAAUUAAUAAUAGAUGUAUGGGUUCACCAAAGAUAAUGUCAGAAUAAAGAUUAUGUUAUAUUGUAACACAGAGUUUGUACAAAUAGAUUUUCAAAUAUAAUAAAUCGAGAAGUUAUAAAAAAUUCUUAUACUCUUUCAUUAAAUAUCAAUUUCGGGGCAUAAAUUUUCAAAAAAAUAGGCUUAGUCACAAAAAAAAAUAAAAUGGAAUGGAACCAAUCUACAAAACUGUAUUUCCCAAUUUCGCACAAUUUGGUUAAGACUUUGUUUUGGUCAAAAUCUUGAUUGCAGCUAUUAAUUAUUUUGCUCCACGUUUCCAUAAAUCUUAACAAAAAUUCUUUCAUUUUCUUUUCAUACAUAAUUAAUUUUUUUUUUAAUUCAACCAGGUACGAGUCAUUUGGCAUAUGAAUAUGAAGCUAUACUUCCGGUGUUCUGAUGGUGGGUAUUGAUAAAAUUAAUAAAACUUUUUCUGUAAUCACCUUCAAGUAUUGACCCUAACAUCAACAAUUCUUUGCAAAUCUACCCAUAUUACUUAAUUUCAGCUUCAGGAAUCGCUCACAAAACUAAAACUUACAAUAUCAAUGGUAUAAAAUCCAUUGUUAACUUUUUUUUCUGAAUGUGACAGUGACCAUCUUAUAAUCAUGCGCUUUCUCACGAAAUAGCUUCGUCCCAGAGCUCUACAACAUUUAGUUAUUAUUUCUAGCUGCACCUGAGUUUAUUUAGGGACAUUUAUUUUUAUUUCUAUAAAAUAUACCAUCUUUUUAUAAUAUGCCAUUCGGCUUGUUACGUUUUUCUUCAAACCUUUUGAAUAUUCCUUUGUUCACGUAUUGUUGCACAGUAAUCACAUCUGAUUUAUUUAUUCCAACAUUCCAGAAAUUCAAUAAAACCUCGGAAUGUAUUCGAAAUCGUCCUCUACAUAUCUACACUAUACCUAUUAAAGUAAAUUUUAGUAAAUAUUCGCCGGUAAGUUUUUCUUUGCUUUUUUUAUUGUGCUCAAAAAAUUUUCAGUUAUCUUUAUGGAUUUUCUUUUGUUUCAAGCAAAUUUUGUAUGAUAGUUUAUAUAUAAACUAGUAUUUUCUAUUUAUUUGGGGAACAGAACGAAUAGAAUAGAACAGAUUCUUAUUUGGUUAUAUUUUAAAAAAUAUAAAUUAAGUUUUCUAUGAACUGUGUGAAAAAAAUAAAAUGACGAGUAAGUAGAACAAAUUUGGAGAAAAAGGAGCUUAUGCUCUAACACAUCAAAAAACUUAUUUAUAUAUUUUUUAAAUAUAACCAAAUAGGAAUCUGUUCUAUUCCAUUUGUUCUGUUUCCCAAAAAUUUUCUUGAAACAAAAGAAAAUUGAUGAAGAUAACUGGAAUUUUUUAUGAGCAUAUGAUUAUAAUGAAAAAGCACUUGAAAAUAUAUUUGAAAAACUAACCACGAUUCCACUAUUAUUAGUCUGUACUGGCUCAAGACAUGAAGAUAACCAGUUUUGGGUUAUCCAAUGUAAUAUAUACCCUCCUCGAAUUCGUUUGGCACUCAAUAGGUAUAUUGUUGCCUAACUAACAUUUUGAUCAUUCAAUAAGUUUGGGUAACAUUUCAGUUGAGCAUUAGAUAUUUUUGAGAAUUUCCACCACAUUUUUACCACAAUAAUAUGUGCUUACUGAUUACCCCACCAAUCCAAUAUUAUUUCAAGUUUUUCUUAAUUUCAUGCCCCAUAUGUUAUUAAAAUUGAAUUAUAUUUACCUAUACAUCUUAUAAAUAAUAAUAAAAGAUAUAUAAUGUAUUCUAUUUUUGCAAACUCUUAUAACAUUAUUAUUGGUUACCUUCACGUUUAGUUGAUUCAAAUAACACCUACAAUGAAUUUUUGACAGAUUUGCGAAAACAAGUUUAACUAUUUUUAUUUUCAGUACUCUCAAUUAUGGUAUAUUCAUAUAUAAAACAGUGAAUGAAUGUUGGAAUAAUAAUGAUUUUUCUGGAAAGUUGAUACUAGUGAAUAUUAAGUUUCAUUAUUUUUUUUUCACUAGUUUUAAUUAUAAAGUCUUAUAAUGGUGUUUAUACACCGUAAAUCUAUGUUAUUAUUAUUAUUAUUGUUAUUAAUAAUGAUUAUUGAAGCUAUAAUAUCAAAAGGAGUGUUCAAUUACUUAACCCAUACCUCUCCAUUGAGCUCUAUUUUUAAAUAAUUUUGCAUAUACAAUCAGUCAGUUUUUGUGAGAAAAAGAUAACCAAUAAUUAUGUAUAAACUUGUGCCUUUAAUGAUCCUCUGUUUAAACAAGUAAUUGAAUUAUUUAAUUUAGGAUUAAACGGGUGUAAAUACAUCUACUAAAAUAUUAUUUUUAUUAGUAUUUGAUUUCAUUGGAUUAUGGAUUUAAAGAGAAUAGCGUUCAAAAUGAUACAAUAAUAUUGAUGAAUCGGAUGUAUUUCCACUGAAAUAGUUUUGUUCAAAUAAUUGUAAAACGUCAAUGUGAUUUUCUAACACCCAGAUUAUAUAAAAUAAAUAUAAGGUUGGCAACAAAGUAAUUUCGGUUUGUAUAAAAUAAAACACUUUUUUUUAACAAGAAUAGUUUUUAAUCAAUUAUUUAUUUUCCAUUUUGCUAAUGAUCUUUUGCCAUCAUUCAUUCAGCUUCUUGAUUCCGCGCUCAUAAAAUUUCUUAUCUGGAAAAAACUGAACUAGGUGCGACAUUUCUGAAAAUUUGACCAUUCAAAGAAUUCUGCAAACUUCGAAAUAAAUGGUAAUCAGAUGAUGUCAGAUCAGUGCUGUAUGGGGGAUGUGGCAUCACUUCCCAGCCAAGCUCUAUUAGUUUCCUACGAGUUUCCAAAGAUGUGUGAGGCCUUGCAUUAUCAUGGUGGAACACCAAACCUUUCUGAUUUGAUAAUUCUGGCCGUUUUUCUUUGAUUGCUUCAUCCAGUUUCAUUCAUUGUUGACAAUAAAUAUCAGAAUUGAUCGUUUGGUUCCUUGGAAGCAGCUUAAAAAACACAACACAAAGGUAUUGACAGCAUGAGCUUUUUUUGUUGUUUUUCUGCUUUUGAUGUGGAUUGUGCUGGUUCAUCGUGUUUGCUGCAUCAUCGCUUUCGAACUAUGUGACUGUACAGGACCAAUUUUUCAUCACUAAUGAUGAUUCUUUUAAAAAAAGAGUCGGUUUCAUUUCAUUUAAGGUGCAUAUCGCAAAUAUUGAUUCUUUUUGUCGAAUGAAUUUCUUUCAAUUCAUGAGGUACCCAAAUAUCAAGCUUCUUAACUAGCCCAAGACAUUUUAAGUGCUUUUCAAUUGUGUGCAAUACUUAUAGCCUCUUCGCAACCUCUCGAACAGUUAUAUGAUGAUUAUCACUUUGAUUUGGUCAUCAUUAACUUCAGUAGGCCGACCAGUACGUUGCUCAUCUUUGAGGGAAAAAUCUCCAGAAUGGAAUCACGUACUACUUGCUUCUAAAGUUACGUCAAUGUGACCAGUAUCACGUGACAAACGGCAAAGUACAACACUAACACAAGUUAGUCAAAAAAUAAAGCAACGCUCUCUAUCAGUAAAAAGCUAAAGUACUUGGUUGCCAACCUUAUAUUUUGUAACAUGGUCCGUUAAAAAGUUUUUUAUUGUCAUUUUGAAACACAACUGAAACAGAGUCUCUAAUGGAUUGCAGCAAUGUUUCCUUCGCCUAUUUAUUUUCAAGUUCGCUUUUUCCUCCAUCCAUAACUAAUUUUCAGUGGUCUUAAAUGUACACAUAUCGGAGAUUUCUGGAUAGUAUAAAAUUAUUUAAAUAUUUGGAAGUAUUUGUCGAAUACCCGUUACUUCAUUUCAAAAAUGACUUUAAAUUUUGAAUACAAAUAUGUCGGAAAGUCACAGUUUUGUACUGAAAAAUGGUAAUUCUGUUCUAUAAAAACUCAGUGCACCGAGGACAUUUAUCUGUAAUAGAAUCUUUUACAUAUCAUAUAAUGAGCCAAUUAUCAAAUUAUAAGAUUAUUAUUACCAAAAGUAGUGUGAGACAUACUUUCUCUAGUGUGUUGUUAAGAUCAUGAAAUUAAAUCAUAUCGGACUCUUAAAAUAACACCGAGAAGUAUAUUUUUAUAUUUUACACUAAAACUAUGCUGUUGUCAAUUCAAUACUCAUUUCUUUAACACCUCAAAUCAAGUUGAUACGGAAAGUAAAAUUCCACUAUAACAUAUGCUAUGAAGUGAAUUGUGAGGAUCCUUUUCGUUUUCGUAGUGGGAUUGUGGAAAAAUUAAACAUCAAUAUGUACUAACUUUAAUAUAUUCCGAGCUUUCGAAUACUUAUGUAUUCAUCAUAAUUUACCUUGUCCAAAGCGUAAUUGCCACUCUCUCCUGUCGCUGCAGUCUUACCGUUCAGAUUUCGUACAAUCAUUGAUUUUCUUAUUCCAUGCAUUCAUGAUAAUCUCAAUAUAAUCUAUAAUUCGUUUCUGACCCGAUCUAACCUUGACGUUCUAUUUGCUUUUCUUAGGACGUCCAUUUCCGUGGCUUCUAAUUGUUUCUUUAUCAACGUACUCCUAAUUAUUGCGUCGUUAAUAUUCAGUUUCCGUUUUCUUAUUUCACUGUUCCACAGUAUUUAGUUAUUGUUCUUGCUCUGUUUAUUCUACAUUUCAUUUUUGUAUCAUCUGUCCCAUCUUUGUCAAAUAUAACACCUAGAUAUUUAUAGAUAAAAUCACUGUUUGAAUUGAACUUAGUAAAUAAUUUAAAGGACAUAUUUUAAAAUUGUUAUUUUAAUGUUUUUACAAGCAAAACAAAAUUUGUAAGGACAAACCACUGUAGUUUAAAAAAAAAAAUAUUAGUAUGUCCUCGAAAAUAAAUAACAGACGAAUUAACAGCUUGAACAUUAUGUAUUUCAUAAAGUUGAGAAUAAAUAUUGUUUUUGGCCAAGUUUAAUGACUCGAACAAUAUCAAUAUCUGAGCUGUGAUAGGAAUUUCUUAUCGCAAUGUAAGACAAUUUUUAUGCUUUUAUUUCAUCUUGGACUUUGGCCUGAAUGCAACCAUAGCAAUUAUUGUCAUUUGAGUAUCCAUAAACUUAACGGGGAAAACAUUUUAUGUUGUUAGACACAAUUAUAUAGUCUCCAAUGGAUAGUGUUUCUUCCUCUGGUUCAGAUUCAUGGAUACUAUCCAUUCUCUUCUUCGAACAUUGGUAUUAAAUUGUUCAAUUGUAUUAUCUUCACAAUCUAAAUACCUUUAUACUUUAUUUCUCAAAUUCUCAAAUCCUCUUUCGAACAAACGGGCUGUGAUAUAUCUUUAAUUUACAUUUUACCAUAACAACUGGCAUUUUAAAUUGAGUAGCAAUUUUUCUCUGUGAAAAUUCGUCCCUUUAUGCAACCUUUAAAGUCCUAUCUAAUGUGUGAUAAUCUACAUAUCUAAUAUACUCCAUUAACGUGGGUCACUUAUACAUAAUUCUCUUUUCAUACUUAUCUGUUAAAAUCUCCACUAACCGUUAAAUCUAGAUGAAUACAUUGAAAAUCAGCCAAAAACUAACUGUGCCAAAGUCACUCAAAAUUUCUUGAUAUAAAGCAGAGUACUCUCAACAAUUUUUAUUUUAAACCAAAGGUUACCAUCAACUUGUGACUUGUGACGUUCUGUUUUCAUUGAAUAAUUAGAUUAUAAAGAUUGACUAUUAUCUUAGAACAUAGUGGAUAGGUAAUAAAUAAACGCAGUGGAUUUAUUAGUAUAACCAUUUAUUAAGUCAAUUACAAGAAUUAUUGACAAAUUAAUACAAAUAAAAAUUUUUCUUUUUCCUAAAAUAAGCCAAAGUCAGACCCCGAUUUAAAGUCAACUGACUUUGUUCAAAGUUUACAUUUAUUUCCCAGUUUUGAAAGAUUAAAUGAUAUUUUAUGUUAGAACUUUAAUUUCUUGAUGUUUACUUAAUUCAAUAUUAAAAUCUAUAAAGGAACUCCUAAGUAUUUUAAUAAUUGACAAAAAAUGUAUUAUUUUCAUAUUAGAUGAAGGCAGCUGUGUUUCGUAACCUUUUGUAUUAUUUUUUUUUAAAUUUAUUAUAUAUUUUACAGUUAAAACGCAUUUUUCGUCAGAACUUUGUUUUUCCAAGUUUAAAAUAGUUUUUACUUAUUGCCUUUGUUAAAACUAGAAUUUAUCACUGAUAUAUUUGAUUUUCAGAUAAAACUAAUUGUCACAUCGAGCUGUAGUUAAAACCAGCACUAGAAAAACUAAUUUGGGAUUGAAAACAAGAUAUAGUUUCAAAUAUAUUUAUUGAGAACCAAAUAAUCUUAACACUAAAGACACAUUUUAGGGAACGUCGACUUAAAUUAGUUGCCAAUAUUAAUUAUCAGUAGGUAAAUAAAAUAAUCAAAUAAAUCAACAGAACAGAACAAGAAAAUUUCAAAAAGAAACAUUGUUAAUGAACAUUAAUUAACACUCAAUAAAAUCUAAUCAGUCAAA